GGGGGAUUAACAGUAACUGGGUAAAGGGCAAAAAUCAAGAAUAUUCGAAUUCGAGGUUUUGCAGUUGCAGGUGUAAUCUGGAAGAACAAACAUCCAGCUGAUCGAAGAUUCAAUUCAGGGAAAUUGGAAAAAAUGGCCAACAUUUCAUUGCUGUUGAUGGGGUGCGGCGGCGUAGGGCGGCAGCUGCUUCAACACAUCGUCUCCUGCCGGACGCUUCAUGCGAAGCAGGGGGUGAGACUGAGGGUGGUGGGAGUGUGCGACAGUAAAUCCAUGGUGGCCGCUAGCGACGAUGUCUCCACUUCGGAAUUGGAUGAUGAGUUUUUGAAGCAGAUUUGCAGAGUUAAAUCCAUUGGUUCUUCUUUUCUGGAACUCGCUCACUUGGGCAAAUGUAAAGUGUUUUCGGGUCAGGAUGUUGCGAGGGAAGUCAUCAACAUUGCUUCGAUUCUACGGAAAUCGCUUGGAUUAACGCUGGUUGACUGCUCGGCAAGUUCUCAAACUACUGCGAUGUUGGGUCAAGCGUUGAAUUUAGAUAGUUGUGUGGUACUGGCCAACAAGAAGCCUCUAACAUCUUCAUUGGAAGAUUAUGACAAAUUGGUGUCACAGCCUCGGCGGAUUAGACACGAAUCAACAGUUGGUGCCGGUCUUCCUGUCAUAUCAACUAUAAACCGCAUCCUGUCGUCAGGAGACCCAAUAAACCGUAUAAUGGGAAGUUUGAGUGGUACAUUGGGCUAUGUGAUGAGUGAGGUCGAAAGUGGAAGGCCCUUCAGCCAAGUUGUCAAUGAUGCAAAACAGCUUGGAUACACUGAGCCCGAUCCUCGGGAUGAUCUUGGCGGAAUGGACGUAGCAAGAAAGGCGUUGAUUCUUGCUCGACUUCUUGGACACCGGAUUGAAAUGGACAGCAUUAAGGUAGAGAGCUUAUACCCUGCGGAGAUGGGACCUGAUGUGAUGCCUCUAGAAGAAUUUCUAGUGAAAGGCCUGCCGGCACUGGAUAAAGAUAUUGAAAAAAGGAUCAAGGAUGCUUCUUCAAGGGGAAAUGCGCUGCGCUAUGUUUGUCUGAUCGAGACAUCCAAGUGUGAAGUUGGCAUAAAAGAAGUUGCAAAAGAUUCGGCUCUUGGCAGAUCGAAGGGAAGCGAUAAUGUGCUGGAGGUAUACAGCCGGUGCUACGAGCAGCAACCCCUGGUUAUCCAAGGCGCGGGUGCAGGCAACGACACUACUGCUGCCGGUGUCCUCGCCGAUAUCGUGGAUCUACAGGACCUUUUUCGACACUAAUAAGUUGAAGUUGAGCUUCUGAAAGGCCAAGAAUAUAUAGGACUAUUUCACUUAUCUGUGAGGAAGGAGUGGACCAAAUGGAAUUUUGUGUUACUGCAGUUGCCUGGGAAUCAAAUAAGUUUUGCGUUCCUUUUGUUUUAUGGGAUUACAUUAAGCUAUUUAGUGUCGCAA